AUGCAAGGCAUUACUCUAGGCACUGGACCUCCAGUGCCUAGUAGCAAAUAUAGUCCUGGGUCCCAGUGGUUUACAAAGAAACACACAGCAUCAAUGAAGAACAUCCUUUUAUGUGUUUGCCUCAUCACUCUGGCCAUAGGAUAUCCAAUUCCAGAUUCAGAUACCUCUGAAAAUGUUGAGGUGAACAGCAAGUCAUCAGAAUCUAAUUUGCAAAGCUCAGAACAACAGUAUGAUUCAAGUGAAGAAGUUGCUCACCAUCAGAAUGGGGAGGUUAGUGGAGGACAACAUGAAGACAAUGGUGACCAAGAUGACAUUCCACCUGCUAUUGAUAGCAUAGAUAUUGAGGAACAACUCUCAAGUGUUUAUGAUCGAGAUGACGGAGAUAAGCAUGAAGAUAAGAGUGCAGCUCUGAAAGAGGAACAUGUGGAACAUGCUUUAAAAGAAAGCACUGAACAUCCUAAUGGUAGUGAAGAAGAUGAUGAAUAUGAUGAUGAAUCUGGAAAUCAUGAGAACAAGUUUGACAAGUUUCUUGAAACUCCAAAAAGUAAGGAGGACUUGGAUACUGCCACUAAAGUACAUAAAGAAGGGCCUUGGACACACUCAAAAGAGACAAUGAAGGCAAGUAAAGAAGAUGCUGAAAGGAACCAAGAUGAAAAUAUUCAACAGAGUAUAUCUCAUAAAGAUGAUGAUGAUGAUGACAACAAUAAAAAUGAUGAUAAGGACCAUCAUUCAAAUGAAAAUGACCAUGUAGACACUGAUGAUGCUGAGGAAGAUGAGAAUGGUGACUAUGAAGACAAUGUAACUAUCAGUGCUGGAAACAGUAAGGAGGAUUUCCAGGACUGUGGAAAUGAUAGUAAAGAAAAUGAAGAUAUCAACAGCAAACUUAAUAAAAGUAAGAAGUACAGCUUUGAAAAGGACAGUGAAGAAAUGCAAAGUGAUGAUUCAAACAUAUUAAAUCAUGGCAGUGAUUCUAUUACAAACAGGGAUGCUAACUUAAGUAAGUCUUCUGAAAGAAAUAAAAAGGCAAUGAAAAAGACAGGCAAGCAGAUAACUACUAAUAAAGGUAAAGGUCAUGCUGUGACAAAAAGUAAAGGCAGAAAGAUCCAACUUCAUGUUGAAAGACAGAACAGUAAAUCUAAGGAGCAAAGCCAAAUGCUAAAUGCCUAUAAAAGCCCAGAUAACCACAAUUCUGAAGUAGUACAUAGUGUUGAAAAUGCAUUGCAUAGCAAACAAGAUGACCCACAAAUAUCGAAUAGUCAAUCACAUGAAGAUAUUAAUUCAAAAGUAGAUCCUGACUCAAAAGAAGAUAGUCAUUCAAAGGAAGACGCUCACUCAAAAGAGGAAGUGCAUUCUCCAGAAGAUAUUCACUCAGCAGAAGAUUCUGAGGAAGACAUAAACUCACAAGAGGACUCAAUUGAAGACACUCCUUCAAAAGAAGACUCUCACUCAAAAGACAUAGACUCAAGGGAAGAUAUACAUUUAACUGACGAUAAACACUUAACUAGCAGUAAACAUUACAGCACUUCAAAUGAGGAUCUAACUGAGUCUAGGCAUUCAACGGAAGACAUAACACAAUCAAAAGAAGAUAUUAGUCAAUCAGAAGAAGAUGAGCAUAACUCAAAGGAAACUGGCAGUCACAGUAAGUCCAAAGAAACACUGCAAUCAAAACAAACUGAAAAAGCAAUUAGUAAAGGUGCCUCUGUGGAAGAUGACAAAGAGUCCACGUCUUCACAAGAUAAAAGUGAAUCCAUAGAAGACGUUGAUGGUGAACAAAACUCUAGAGAAGACUCUGAAGACACAGAUUCAGCAGAAAAUGAAAGGAAAUUACGUGGCACUGCUGCCAAGCCAGAGCAGGACAGAAGCAGUGAAUCAACAGAAGUCAGUCAUUCUUUCAAAUUGAUGUCCAAUGUGUUUGGAAAUAGUUCUUUGGAGGACAGCAGUUCUUCCAGUAAGUCAUCAGAGGUCAGCACUAAUUCCAAACAGGACACCGAAGAGGAUCGUGACUCAUCAGACAGUGAAGACAAAGAAAGCACAUCAGCAGAAGAUAGUGAAAGUCAAUCUAGACAAAGUGAUGAAUCAGUUGAGAGGCAGGACAGUGGGUCAAAUGAGUCUCAAGAUGUCAGUAAAGAAUCUUUACAUUCUAAAUUUUAUAGCAGAAGGUUAAUGUUUGGUGUUUACCAACGUAAAGCCAUUGGAAAUGAUAAUGACUGUCAAGAUGGAUACUAG